AUGCUCCGAAGUGUGCUCCUCGUUUCGUUGGCCGCUUUCGUGGCGGCAAAGCACGUCGAACUGCCCGAGCCCUACAAGGAUCACUGCAUUCUGGACGACAAGCAGAAUUUGUACGAUCCCAACCGACAGUUCGAUAUUCCAUGGUAAGCUUCUUUUUUAUCAAUCUAGGAAACGAAUUUCGGUCUGAAACAACUGUCAAAGUUGAAGUGUAUCGAAAAAUCACUUCGAAAAGUCGAGCAACAUGUUCAAGACGUCAUAUUUCAGCAGUCGGUUGAGAUAGGAAAAAGUUGUCAACUAUUAGAAUGUUCGUUGUAAAAUUUUGUGAAUUUUAUCAGUUGAUCACUUUUUGGUAUCUCUACUCGCAGCUGAGAUACAUACAUUUGAUGGUAGUUGGAAGCUGAACGGUUUUUGGUGCGUUCGAUUCAAACUAGAAACUCCACUAAAUUGGUUAUGGUGCAUCAAUAAUCACUAGAAAGUCACCCGACCAUCACAAUCAUCACCCGCAAAUGUUUGUUCCUGAUAAGUCGGAGUCACAAUUCAGUCAAAUUUAAUUUAGUGUCAAUCACCACCACACUCUUAUCAGUUCACCUCGAACUGUGCUCCGAAUAGAAUGUGUUUACACUACAUAGAGGCCUCGAAAGAUCCGACAGUAACCCGUUGCGCUUCAGGUUCGACGUCAACCUCGAUCUUCCGCCAUCGGAGCGUUGGAAGCAGAUCGGCGCCGCCUACAAGGAGCAGAUCAACGAUUUGAUCGGCGUGCUCAUCGAGCUGGUCGUGCCGAUCUUCCCCGACGCGCUCAACUUUUGCGACGACGUCUUCGGAGAGCUCGCGCCGAAACUCUCGCAACCCUACCGUGAUGAGAUCUACAGUAUCUCCGAGGUGACGGGCAUUCCGUUGGGACGCAUCACCAUGUACAACAUCUUCUACGAGAUCUUCACCGUUUGCACGUCGAUCAUCGCGCAGGACAAGGACGGACACGUCACGCAUGCCAGGUAACAUCAGUACUGUACUUUUGUAGUCUUACUGUGUUGGCCGGCGAUAUUGAAGCUCUUAUGCGCCGCUUCCAAAGUCUCGGAAAAACCGAAAAAACCGCCGGUUUUUCUGUCCAAAAUCGGCCGAAAGGUGCGUGAAAAACGGCGGUGCGUACAGCUCAACGAAUGUAACCGUACCCCUAAAACUACGGUAUUUUUGUGAAAAUUUGCGCAAGAAAUAUGAAUAUUUUCAAAUAUUCUCAAGAAAUUAGCAAAUUUUCAAAAAAUACCGUAGUUUUAAGCAACGUUGCCACGGGCCGGGCCGGGCCGAAAUUUUCAAAACUCCGGCCCGGUUCAAAAAGCGGGAAUUCAAAUUUUGAACUAUUGAUUAAAUAAAAUGUUUGUUUUUAGUAGAACUAACGAAUUUUGCAAGUAUCUCGAGCAUAAAAAAGAAAUGUAGUUCUCAAAAAUAGUCAAAAAUAGAAAAAAAUAGUAAUGUCGGAGUGUCGUAGUUUUUUUUUUUUAAAUUUUGAUCCCCGCAAAAAAUACGAAAAAAUAGAUUUCCCCCAAAAAAUUGAAUUCGCGCCUUUUGAGCUGGGCCGGGCCAGCAAAUUUUCGGCCCGGCCCGUAAUUUGGCAAGUCUGCCUCCAGAGCGUGACCGUACAAAAAAGUGAUAAACAAAACAACAACUCCUUGCAGAAACCUCGACUUUGGACUUUUCAUGGGCUGGGACGCGAACGUGCACGACUGGCCGAUCUCGGCGAAACUGCGCAAAAUGAUCAUCAACGUGAACUGGAUCCGCGACGGAAAACUCGUGUUCAAGUCGAACAACUUCGCCGGCUACGUCGGAAUCUACAACGGACUCAAGCCGAACGCGUUCUCCAUCACCGCCGACGACCGAUUCCAGCUCGAGGGCGGCUACUACGGCAUCUUCAAAUGGCUGUUCGGACUCGAGCCAGAGGGCAAAUGGAUGUCAUGGCUCGCCAGAGAAACUCUGGAGCAGAAGAACAGUACCCUAUUCUGUUAAAAGCAUUCAUUAAAUUCACCCGGUUUUCAGCGUAUCUGGAAGCAAAAGAGCACCUGAUGAACACUCCGAUGCUCUCGCCCGUCUACUUCAUUUUGGGCGGCGCGAAGAAGGACGAAGGGUGCAUAAUUGCGAGAAGUCUCAACGGAACGGCCAUCCUUUCCGAAAUGGCCGAUUCUCCGCACGGAUGGUAUCUGCUCGAGACCAAUUACGAUCAGGGAACCGAGGUAAACCGGUGGAGCGCGUUCUCGGCACAAGUUUCACCACACGCUUCGUUCAGGCGCUCUAUUUGGACGACCGUGACACUCCGGGAAUCCGGUGCAUGGACAAACUGACGCAGAAAAACGCCGGAUUCGAGGGCGUCUUCAACGUUUUGUCGUCGCGCACCAACCUGAACAAACUGACCACCUACACGGUGCUCAUGUCCGUCGAGACCGCCCGUUUCGAGACGAUUCUGCAGUCGUGCCCCGGAGAAUGCUAUCCGUGGUGAAGAUUUGCGUUUUUUCGCGGCUUUUUCUGAAUAAAUAUGUGAUUUUUGCGCUUUUGGGGUCUUCGUUUUAGUUCAAUUUCCAACUUUCUCAAAAGUGUUUGUGGAAAAUCGAUAAUUUUGCGCGGAACAAUGAAAAAAUGCGGUUUGAUGAGAUUUUCACAAAUUUUAGCGAAAUGUUUCAGAUAUGUACGUUUCUGCGGGAAUUAUAACUGUUUCUUUUUCUUUUUUCCAGUCAAUUCUUCAGAAAAAUCAAAAACUGCUGGAAACUGGCAAAUUUACAAAUUUUGAAAUAUUUCAGCAGAAUUUUGAGUGUACAAGUGAUCUUCAUGACGAUUAAUUCCAUUUUCUGUAAAUGUUGACCUGAAAAUCGCUGAAAAGCGUCUGUAAAUCAUCCUUGCAAGUUUACAAAAUUUUCUGCAUUUUCAGGAGCUUCUAG